AUGUCGCAUUCUCACGACGGUGUUUCGCAUUCCCACGGCGGCGUGUCUGCGCAAGAGCACGGCCACUCUCACGAGAUUCUCGAUGGUCCCGGCAGCUACAUAGGCCGUGAGAUGCCCAUCGUCGAGGGCCGCACCUGGUCAGAUCGCGCAUUCACAAUUGGAAUCGGCGGCCCUGUUGGUUCAGGUAAGACAGCCCUGAUGCUGGCGCUGUGCCUCGCCCUCCGAGAGAAAUACUCUCUCGCCGCCGUCACAAACGACAUCUUCACUAGAGAAGAUGCCGAAUUCCUCACUCGCCACGCUGCUCUCCCCCCGCAGCGCAUCCGUGCCAUUGAAACCGGUGGCUGCCCUCACGCCGCCGUCCGCGAGGAUAUCUCUGCCAACCUUGCCGCCCUGGAGGAUCUCCACGCCGAGUUCGAUUCAGAUCUGUUGCUCAUCGAGUCGGGAGGCGACAACCUGGCCGCCAACUACAGCCGCGAGCUUGCUGACUUUAUCAUCUAUGUCAUUGACGUGAGUGGCGGCGACAAGGUGCCUAGGAAAGGUGGCCCUGGUAUCACACAGAGUGAUCUGCUGGUGGUGAACAAGACGGAUUUGGCGGAGGCUGUGGGUGCUGAUUUGGGCGUUAUGGAGAGGGAUGCGAGAAAGAUGCGGGAGGGAGGACCUACGGUGUUCGCGCAGGUGAAGAAGGAUGUUGGUGUGGAUCACAUUGUGAAUCUCAUUUUGAGCGCGUGGAAGGCGAGUGGUGCCGAGGAGGAGAGGAGGAGUCGUGGAGGGCCGAGGCCGACGGAGGGUAUUGAGGGGCUGAAGAAGGAGGCAUAG